GAUGACGUGUCUGUUCGGAAAGAAAGUGGGUUACGCUGGCAGGCAGUCUCCUUAUGGUAACUGUUCCGCCUUAUCACCACAAAUGACUUGGAACUACCAGUAGUACGUUGUUUUGCAUGUAGAUACCCCCGAAGGAACAGCUAGGUUGUCCAUUGCACGAAAAUGUGCAUCUUACGGCGCGCUCACUCUAUUUUAAGCGUAUUACUUGUGGCUGGAGUCUUGCACUACGCGACAAGUUUCUAUCUUCCGGGUUUGGCCCCUGUUAGUUUUUGUGAAAAAGAUGCUGGGAAAGAGAACGAAGUACCUGACUGCAAGUCCACCAUUGAGCUGUUUGUGAACAGGCUGGAUUCAGUGGAGUCUGUCCUGCCAUAUGAGUACACAGCAUUUGACUUCUGCUCAGAUCAAGUUGACAAGAGACCUUCAGAAAAUCUUGGCCAGGUCCUGUUUGGAGAAAGAAUCGAGCCUUCGCCCUAUAAAUUUGAGUUUAAGAAGGAGGAGACGUGCAAGCCUGUGUGCCAAAAGAAAUAUGACAUGCUCCUGGCCACAGACAAGGCCCACCUGGAGUUCCUCAAGAAAGGCAUGCUGCUCAACUACCAGCACCACUGGAUCGUGGACAACAUGCCAGUCACGUGGUGUUACGACGUGGAGGACGGACAGAAAUUCUGCAAUCCGGGCUUUCCUAUUGGCUGUUACGUGACUGAGGGCGGGCGCCCCAAAGACGCCUGUGUUGUCAAUUCUGAUUUCCAUGAGGCGGACACCUUCUACAUCUUCAACCAUGUGGACAUCACCAUCUCCUACCACGUGGUGGAGAACGAGGCAGCAGGCUCCAGACUAGUGGCCGCCAAGAUGGAGCCCAAGAGCUACAUGCAUAAGGAUGGCAACCUGGAUUGCAGUGGCCCUCCCAUGGGACUGUCCAACAAGUACAAUGGCAAGCUCCAGAUUGACUACACUUACUCUGUGCAUUUUAAGGAGGAUGUGAACAUCCGCUGGGCCUCGCGAUGGGAUUACAUCCUGGAGUCCAUGCCACACACCAACAUCCAGUGGUUCAGCAUCAUGAACUCCCUGGUGAUCGUGCUCUUCCUGUCGGGCAUGGUGGCCAUGAUCAUGCUGAGGACCCUACACAAAGACAUCGCCAGAUACAACCAGAUCGACUCUGUGGAGGAUGCCCAGGAGGAGUUUGGCUGGAAGCUGGUGCACGGCGACGUCUUCAGGCCGCCGCGUAAGGGCAUGCUGCUCUCAGUCUUCCUCGGCUCCGGAACACAGAUCUUCAUCAUGACCUUCGUCACGCUGUUCUUCGCGUGUCUGGGUUUCCUGUCUCCGGCUAAUCGUGGUGCUCUGAUGACGUGUGCCGUGGUGCUCUGGGUCCUGCUGGGAACACCUGCCGGAUACGUGGCCGCACGCUUCUACAAGUCAUUUGGAGGAGAGAAGUGGAAGACCAAUGUUCUCCUCACUGCUUUCUUGUGUCCUGGUGUGGUGUUUGCGGACUUCUUCGUGAUGAACCUGAUCCUGUGGGGCGAGGGCUCGUCGGCCGCCAUGCCCUUCGGGACGCUGGUGGCCAUCUUGGCCCUCUGGUUCUGCAUCUCUGUACCCCUCACCUUCCUCGGGGCCUACUUCGGAUUCAAGAAGAGCGCCAUUGAGCACCCGGUGAGGACGAAUCAGAUUCCUCGUCAGAUCCCGGAGCAGUCCUUCUACACCAAGCCCUUCCCUGGCAUCGUGAUGGGGGGCAUCCUGCCCUUCGGAUGCAUCUUCAUCCAGCUCUUCUUCAUCCUCAACAGCAUCUGGUCCCACCAGAUGUACUACAUGUUUGGCUUCCUCUUCCUGGUCUUCAUCAUCCUGGUCAUCACGUGUUCGGAGGCCACCAUCCUCCUCUGCUACUUCCACCUCUGCGCUGAGGACUACCACUGGCAGUGGCGUUCGUUCCUGACGAGUGGCUUCACGGCGAUCUACUUCCUGGUGUAUGCGGUGCACUACUUCUUCUCCAAGCUGCAGAUCACCGGCCUGGCCAGCACCAUACUGUACUUCGGAUACACCAUGAUCAUGGCACUCAUCUUCUUCCUCUUCACUGGUACGAUCGGCUUCUUCGCAUGCUUCUGGUUCGUGACUAAGAUCUACAGCGUGGUGAAGGUGGACUGAGGAGGGCAAGUUGGUCACCUAGACUGGACGGGACGGGAUGGGACUCUUGUUUCUUUUCAAAUCCUCUUGGCCUCACCAGUGCCCCCCUGGCCAGGCCACUCCGUCUGGACCGAGAGAAGGAAGAGGGAAAGCGAGAGAGAGAAGGAGAAGAGAAGGAAGGAGUGACAGAAGGAUCUGUGCGCUGUUCUAAAGACUGCCCCCCCCCACCACCACCACCACCCUUCCGCUUUGCAACCCCUUACUCAAUUUUACACAGUCAUCAUCCAACAGUCCUAAAGAACGAGCUGUAAGAUAUGAACGUGUGCAUGUGUGUUGAACUGUAUGUGUUCAUCUGUGUGAAUGUGUAUGUCUGUGUCUGUGUGUGUGUGCGUGUGUUUGUGUGUGAGUGUGUAGGUCAGUCACCAAACUUGUGUUAUGCAUCUGAGCUACACUAGUUCCAAAUCAUGAGCAGUUCCACACUAUCUCAGUAUGAACAGGCACUCAUUCACAUAUACACACUCAUAGACACAUGCAACUCCACACAGCAAUAUACUUUUACCAGUAAGCCCUUGUGAGUGACAAUAGUUAUGGGCUGAGGAAGGAGAUUGUAAAGUUCAAUGGUAACGUUUGUACAUAAUACUUACAUUUUGCUAACAUUUAAAAAACAAAAGUUAAAAUGACCAUUUAGCAUCAACAUAGGUAGCGGAAGGUAUAUCAUUUUAGUAAAAAAACAACAAAAAGGAAGACGAAACCUUUGAUUGUAAAUAACUUUUCUUAUGCUGAAUACAAACACAUACAAAUGGGGAUGAGGUUUAUUCUUGGGACCCUUUCGAGAAAAAAAAUGCGGGGGGAAAAGACGGGGGCGGUUGCUGUUGGAUUCAUUUUUCAAGAGAGCUUGAAUCAGGCUGUGAAGGAUGUGUUUUGGUUUUUGGACUAUUUUUCAAUCUAUUUUCGUUUGUUUCUUUGGCGUUCUUAUCCUGUUCUUCAUUCCCCUGUGUAAAAAAAAGAGAGAGAGAGAGAGCAAACGAAAGAAAGGAUGCUCGGGUGUGUAUUAAUCAACUGAGCCACUUGCGUUUAUUUAACUAUCUUUUUUUAUAUUUUAUUUGUCUGUUUCUUUUCUUGUCGCCUCAACACUAUUCUGUGCCUCAUUCAAGCGUCAACGCAGUUCCCCCAUUUUGUUUCUUUAUGUUUAUCAUUCUUGUCAAAAACAAAAAGAAAUUUAAUUCCAGCGCCCCCCAAUCCGUCAGGGUUGGGAAUAAGCAAGGCCUCCAUCCACAUGUGAGGAGAACAGAAAGUGUGUUUAUUUUUUUCGUUCUGAUGUUUAUUGUUAUCUGUAUGCUAUACACACAUACAUAAAUUAUGGCGGACUCUGUCGACUUUGGGUUGUCUAUUUUUGUUUGUUUGUUUGUGUGUUUGUUUCACCCCAUCUUCUUAUCACAGCUACCAUGGGAUUGCAAAAAUACACAAAACUCGAAAAUCAGUAGAAAAAAAUAAAAUAAAACCAAAUUA